UUGAUCUUUUUAUGUUCCGACCGGCAUUUCCAAUAUUGUCGUCUUCCAGUGACUUGAGCCAUCUCCGCCAUGAAGUUCUGCGUCGUUUUCCUGGCUUUGGCCAUCUUGACAGGUUCCGAGGCUGCUUCUCUUAACGACGAGCCCGCCAGACCAUGUCUGGAGCAGAUCCACAGCACCAUCCAGGAGUAUCUCGACAAGGCUACCAAAAUGACCGCAGAAAACUUGGAGGCAAUCCGUAAUUCAGAGUUCGGCAAGGAGCUCAACACCCGUAUCGCCACCAGCAUCAACAAUGCCAAACGUUAUCAGGAGGAACUGCAGAAGCAGCUUCCCCCAGCGGCCCAGGACAUGGUCCAAAAGGCCAUCACCGACCUGCGGGAGCUGCAGCAGAAAGUACAGCCUGUGGCCGAAGACCUGAACCAAAAAGUGCAGGGCGGCAUCAGCACGCUGCGGGAGCUGCUGGCCCAGGUGGAACAGCACGCCAAGACGGUGAGGCAGGCCCUGCCCUCCGGCGCGGAGCUGGCAGCCAACCUCAAGAAGAACAUGAAGGAGGUCCGUUCCCAGCUGGAACCCUUCGCCGAAGACCUGAAGAGCAAGAUCGAAGAGUUCCGACAAGGGGUGGAGCCCUUAGCCCAAAAAAUCCAGGGAAGCCUCAGCGAAGGCGUCGAGCAGGUCCACCAGAACUUGAAACCGUAUGCCGAGGACUUCCAAGAGAAAUUCAACACCGCCUGGUCCUCCAUGCUGGAGCGGUUCCAGUGAAAAUCUGGCCCAGCAAUCCAGGUCGGGGAGGGAACAGAUGCCCCUGGAAAACAGCAUCCUCUAACUUGCAACAUCUUGUGCCUGUAACCAUCCCCUUCCUGGAGCAAUAAAAGAACAAAUGAUGAGUU